AUGAGUGAGAAUUAUAAGGAUAAACUCAAUGUUUUUUCAGGGAUGUUUUCCUUGAUAUUCAAAUUUUCAGAAGAAGGAUCUAGCCUAAGACUUCCUAAUUCGCCCUCUAUGACCGGGUAAACCUUUGGAAAUCGCUAUAUAUUAUAGGAAAAACUCUAUAGUUAGUUAGUAAAAAAUUUUAAUAUAAAAUGUUCUUAUAAAAUUAUAUUUAUAUAUAAAUGACAUUUACUAUAAUGAAAUCUCUAGCGAUAAAUUUUUAGAUAACUUUCAUUCUAAAACAUUUUAUAACUUAAAUUAAUAUUUAUUUUCUGGAGUUUUUUAUAAUUUAUUAUUUUAAUAUAAAAUAAUUUUUUUAUUCGCUCAAAAAGGGGAGUAAUAUAUUUUCUUGCGAAGAUAGCGAAGUUGAAGAAGAAGGUGAGUCUAAGGAAAAUCCUGAAGAGGUUUCUAAAAGGCGCCCAGCAAGAGGCGCACAUAAGAGAAUCACUGCUUGCCCUCAUGCGAAUAGACGCCACUAUGCCAAGAGUAUGUGCAGCAAUUGCUACCAUAAAAGUGGGCGACACAAAAAAGCUUGGAGUUGCCCACACCAAGAUCGUCUGCUCUAUGCUAAAGGAAUGUGCCAGUUUUGCUAUUUGCAGAGCUACCAUAAGUCUAGAUCUUGUAAAGUUGUCAUCAAAUCCGAAAGGUUAAAAAUUCAAGCUUAA